ACAGAGACACUGGGUGUGAGCGUUGCAUGGCCGGAUACUACGUAGCCGGAAACACGCAGUGCGUUCCACACACACAGUGCAAAUCAGAAGAGACGCUUCUGUUCUCGAGCUCUGUGGACAACGUUUGUGUUGGCUGCAGCAGUAUCACACAGGAUGUUUAUCCUCACCGUUUUAGUGCUAUACAGCAGCACAGCAUCCUUGGUGAUUGCUCAAAAUGAGCAAAAUGAGACCACGUACCAACGCAAGCUUCCCUCCGGCAAGAUCGUGACGUGCGACCGCUGCCCUCCAGGUUCCCAUCUGCAGAAGCACUGCACAGACACGCAGCGUACCGUGUGCCGGCCGUGCGACGCAGGAUUCUACACCGAGUUCUCAAACUACAUCUAUGACUGUCUGCCAUGCGACUGGUGUUCUUCAGAUCAGACCGAGGCAAAGCAGUGCACGAGCUCCAGUAACCGUGUGUGUGAGUGCAAGGAAGGCUUUUACUGGAACUCGCACUUCUGCCAGCAGCACACGGUGUGUCAGAAGGGAUACGGAGUCAAAGUAAAAGGGACUCCACACAGAGACACGGAGUGUGAGCGUUGCACGGCCGGAUACUACGCAGCCGAAAACACGCCGUGCGUUCCACACACACCGUGCAAAUCAGAAGAGAAGCUUCUGUUCUCCGGCACCAGCUCUGUGGACAACGUUUGUGUUAGCUGCAACAGUAUCACACAGGAUGGUGUGUUAAAACUCCUCAAGCAGCAAGUCAUAGAAAUCUUCAAGAUUCAGAAUACUCGAAAGCUACAUCGUAUCUGUAGGAACUUAAAUGUAAAGGACGGUGGAUUUCACUGCUCCAGAAUUCAUGACCACUGUAUUCAGAAUCUGCAGCGGUGGCUUAACGAGGCUACAGAGCAAGAGGUCCUCAGCCUUCCCGAUAAGCUGCACAAGCAUGACGGUAUAUCCAAGAACAUCAAGGACAGCAUUCAGAGGAUCCAUGAUGAAAUCAAUCUGUGCAGAAACACUUUGCUUUAAUUGAUCUUCAAAGCCCCCCAUGUGCAGCUUAUUUCAUUACACAUGUAUAUUUAUGAAUAAACAAAUAGUCCAAACUUGAUGAAGUGGAACCUACAACUCUUCAGAUUAAUACAAGUGUGCAUGAGACAUUCUGACUCAGCGUUACACUGAGGGGUAGAGUUAACAGGCUUUAGAUGAGAUGUUUUACAGAAAAAUCUUAUAAAAAAAAUUCAGUGCCUUUUUAUUUUUUUAAGUUUGUUUGUAAUUUGCCUAGUUUGUUCCAAGAAGAUGUAUUUUUUGUUUUUUUAACAUAUGUUUAUUAUUAGAAGUAUUUUUUAAAUGUCUACAUGUUACACUGUAAA